GCGCUGCGGGUGCGCGCGUUUAACGUGUCAGUUUAUAGACGUCGGCUUGCUUCACUUGCAUACCGAUCUUGCGCAAAACCGCAAGACCUUGCCUUGUUGCCUAUUCCAAGGCUUGCGGCUCAAGGAGCGGGCCGCGUUUCCAUUACGUCGGCUCUGCGACCCUCCACGGCUCUGCCGCAGCUCGGAAUAUGCGGCGGGCAUGGCAUCUGUACGCGCGUUUGGUGCGUGAUCACCCGAUGAAGACACAGCUUGUAACUACGGCGACUGUGAUGUUAUCUGGAGACCUGAUCGCACAGAAGGUGAUUGAACGCCGGCCUGACAUCGAUGUGCCGCGAGCGGCGAGGUUCUUCAUCAUGGGCGUCGGCUUUGUCGGUCCCGUCGUGCGUGGCUGGUACCUCAUCCUGGAACGGGUCGUCGGCAGCGGCUCCAGUGGCACGGUGGUCUUCAAGAAAGUGCUCCUAGACCAAACUCUAUUCGGCCCACUGUUUGUGCCCAGCUUCAUGGUCGUUCUGGGCACGCUUCAGCGACGAUCCUGGGACGACAUCAAGCAGUCUCUGCGCGCCAACUAUCUUCAAGUCCUGCAGACCAUGUACAUGAUCUGGCCUGUGGCGCAGUUCGUCAACUUCAGAUUCGUGCCCUUCAGCUACCGACAGGCGUUCGGCAGUUGCGUGGCUAUCGUGUGGAACUCUUAUUUGGCCGGCAAGGCCAACAGGACGCAAAGGGCGCGCCAUGGAGAAGUAGUGCCUUCGAAGUUCAGAGACUUGAAAAAUCUCGUUCCAAGUACGGAUGGCUAAGGAACUGUAAAUACGUGUACGUCAUCUACAACAGUGGAGGCAAAUGGACAAUUUAGGUGAAUAUCAAUUGUAGACGAACUGUCGUACACUGCGAGUUUGCGGUUUGAGAAAGCAAUUGAGAAGCGGCUUUGAAGUUCGCCAAGAGGAAUUGUUUCGAACACAAUCAACUAAGUAGCGUUGUACGUACAGCCUCUUAUGACGAGGAGACAAGUGAGAAUCGGUCAUAGAAGAACUGCCGUAUGGUUUACGAGGUUACGUUGUGGGAAAGAAUACAUAGGAAAUGCAAGUGCAUUUUAUUUGUUUGUACCUACUGCCGUUCAUCUAAAGAACGUUAGCUCAAGAGAGAUGCGUAUGAACAACGUUAGUAAUCUCAGUAAGGACACAAGACACCAGAAAAUAAACUAAUUGAGUUCAAAGAGUACUCGGAGUGAAGCGUAAAGCUAAGCAAAAUGUUAGCUUUACGCUAACAUUUUAAUAGGUUAUUCUAAAUGGUCGACAGGAUUUGACCAAUUGGCGUACACAAAUUAUCAAAAGCCCGUUCUGUUAUUAUCCUAUUGCAUUUUUACCACACUUAUUAUAUUUUAUUCUAUUCGCCCUAUCUACUAAUAUUACCUACCGCGCUGUUGCGGUAGCAAAUAUUAGUAGCCAAACAGUUGGUGUGUAACCGGCAUCGUCCCAGUGUAUUGGGACAUUGCUGUCUUUCCUAGUGUUCUAACGAAAAUUUUUAUACCUAUUCAUGUGUGCACCUUAAUCGGUUGGCUUAUUAUCACGAAUUUCGGGCACGCUCGUCGAACUCUGUGAUGUAGUGCCGGGAUCAUACGCAUUGUUCACAAUGUGUGAUGGCGCAUAAAUAAAUACAUAUUUAUUGUUCAUAA